AUGCUUCAGAUAACAGUACUGGAUCUAGUGUGGUCUAGAUUCCUAGCAACAAGAAGCGACGGUACAUCAGUGAAAUUGCGUAUUCAAGAUUUACCCGAAACCCGGUUCGAGGAUGCUCUAGAGUUGUUUAUACAAUACUUUAUCUUAGAAGAAACGUUUCAUAAGGCUGUAGGUAGGUAUUUCAUGAUUAUUUCUGUUUUCUGUUCAUCUGACCACUCCGAUUGUUCAAAAUACUUAAAUUUUUGUUUAGGUGUCGCUCGGAAUCCGCAAGCGGUAGCAGAAUGUCGAGUGUUAGUGACUAAAUUGAUGAAGGAUCCUGAUACCUUCCAUUAUAUAAUAUGUUGUGAAGAUAUAGACGAGGAAGAAGUCGGCCAAAUAGUCGGUGCCUCCUCCGUAGAAUUAAUAACAAUAGGACGAGAACCAUUUAAAGCGAUAAAGUUCGAAUCGGAUGAGAUGCAGAAUUUAUUUAAAUUGCUGGCGGUAACGUCAAAUACGCAUAAUAUAAUGGAGGAGCUACAAAUUUCCAAGUUUUAUUAUGGCACAGGCAUAGUUGUCCACCCUGAAUUCAGACAACUGGGAAUUGCGAGGGAAUUUCUGAAGGCCAGAAUUCCUCAUAGAUGUCUAGCUUGCGUGACAAACAAUGUUUCUGCUACCGGUGCUCUCAUGACCUGCAUCGCUACUCAGAAGGCUGCUGAGAAAGACAACUGGGAGACUGUCUUGGAGGUGGCCUUACAGGAACUUGGCCGCAAGCACGACGUGACCUUCGAGAAUGGCGGUGUCAAAAAAUUCAUGAUCUGGAAAAACCCGCAAUAUAAACUCCGACAAAAGAUGUAAUGUUAAUCAGCUGUUAAUUUAUGGUAAUUUUAUAUUAAAUUCCUCUCUCUUUUUCUACUUUUAAGCUGCCCACAAAAAAAAACCAAGUGCAAUUUAGAUCUAAAAUAUCUAAUUCGGUUUGACGACCGGUCUGGCCUAGUGGGUAGUGACCCUGCCUAUGAAGCCGAUGGUCCCGGGUUCAAAUCCUGGUAAGGGCAUUUAUUCGAGUGAUGAGCACAGAUAUUUGUUCCUGAGUCAUGGGCGUAUUUAUGUAUUUGGGUUCUAAAUAUUAAUAUAUAUUGUGUAUAUAAUUGUCUAAGUACCCACAACACAAGCCUUAUUGAGCUACUGUGGGACUUUAGUCAAUUUGUGUAAUAAUGUCCUAUAAUUUGUUUAUUUAUUCAAUGGUAAAGAUAUCUUAAUAGAUAUCUCUUUUCCCAAAAACUUUUCUCGAAGCCGUGUAAACUGAUAUGGAAAGUUUUUUCCAAUUGAAAUGGUACCUACUUAUGUUGGUACCAUAUAUUACCCACUUAGGUAUGUGGGUACCACGAUAUCUUCACAUCUGAUCCAUAAUGAUAUAGCUGAUGAUGGGGUCUUGGCAGCAUCGAGAGAAUCAAUUAAUCAUUUGGGUUUAUUAAGCAACUUCGAAAGCAUCAUAUGGUGAAUUGAAACUGAUGAUGAAAGCCAUAAAAUGUUAACAAUAUAAACGUUUUGUGAAUUUAACUCUUUUUUUUAAUCAUUUCAAAGUUAC